AUGCCGCCAAGUAAAUAUAUUCUGACUCCGCCAGAUGAUCUGUAUCCAUACAUCUCGAACAACGAACACGACCAAUCACAUACAAAGAAGAUAUAUCCUGAUUUUGAACCAUGGACUCAUACCAAAGAGGAAGAUCAAAUUUUAAACAAUUUUAUCUCAAAGGGGUACUAUACCACUUCAAAAGUCAAUUUCGAAAGCAUAUCCGCCAGAUCAUCAUUGAAUGAAUCGUUACCAAAGGUUUCUACUCAAUUAGCCAUUCAGCUAUCAAAAGUAUUGCAAAUACGAGAGAAUGAAAUAAAUAAAAUUCCCUCUGAUGAUGUCAAGAAUGAACCUUCAAGUCAUAAGCAUUCAAAAAUUUCCAUAUUCAGUGGACCCAGUUUCAGUCUGCCCGACCGAAUCACUUUAACAGACCAUCGUAAAGAAGUAUGGCUACAAGAAUUAAGUUCACCUUACGUGUCAUUAUCAAAGAUAUCGAAGCAUAUACCACAUGGGCUGAAAAGAAGACAGGUACUCGAACAAUGUUAUCUAAAACAAAUUCCAUUGGAAAGGGCCAUUUGGUUAAUUAAAUGCUGCUACUCCAUGGAAGGAAAAGUUCUUGCUAUGAAAAAUAAAGGAUCCCAAGAAGAAAUAGAUAAACAAUUGUUCAAGGAAUGGACUGAAAAUUUUGUGUAUAUACUGGAAAAACUAGUCUUUGAGAUGACUCAACAUUACAACGACUCCAACAAGUUAAAGACUUGGAAAAUUGAAGUAUUCUAUUUCCUGAAAUUAUUAGGUAAUUGUUAUACUUUAGAGUUGAUCGAUAAAGAAAUAUUUCAUCAUUGGUUAGUGGAAUUUGUUGCUAAAGUGGAGAAUUUUGAAUUUAUACCGUUAACUUUGCAUAUGCUAACUAUAUUUUGGGAUGGAAUAUGUAAGCCAUUGGGAACCAAGGGAAAUACUGAAAUGUUAUCAAACCAAUCUUUGUUUCUUAUAUCUAAGAUGACUGACAUGCUUCUACAAAAAUACUCUACCAUAUAUCAAAGUAGAUCUAUGAUAAAUGAUGAAAAAUACAUCAUCAAUGAUAUUAAAAAGAAUAAUAAAUUAAAAGAAUCAAUGCUAUCUAUAUUAGGUACUUUGAUUGGAAAAUUAUUUCAAGAACAGACUUUGGAAGCGUUCUUAUUUCCAUCCACAAGUUGGGACCUUUACAAACCACAUCUCUACGAAAUUAUGAAUUCCUUGGAAGUUUCGCCUGAAGUUGCUUUGGAAAUUAAAAAGAAAUUGGAGUUGGUUAGUUACAGCAACGAAUCCUUAAAAAUGAACCCAUGGCUAGAUAACCACACGAAUGAGAAUACCAAUAAUGAUGAGGAUUCAUCGGUUAUAAAAAUGAAUAAUGCAAACAUGAAUUUAGCUAUAAUACAAAUGAAUGGUAUUGACACCAAAUUCACGGAAAUACUAGAUGAUAACCCAACAGAUUUUGAUUGGGCUUCCUACGUAGAUCAACAUAUUCUCCAAAUAAACCAACUAAUGCAGUUAGUACUUUGGGCAAUCCAUCCAUCUAGACAACAUCAUUAUGAAUCACAUCAAUUAGUAGCCAAAUUAUUACUUUUGAAAAUUAAUUCCAUUGAAGGUAUUCAAGAGUUUGAAAUUGAAGAUAGCAUUUGGACCUUAGUUUUCAAGAUUGCCAAAUUAUCCAACACAAAUAAGAUGCUACAUGUCGCAUUAUCAUCGCUGUAUAACCUUUUGAACAUUCUGAUAACAUAUGGUAUUCUUAAAGUCCCAACAUAUAUCAGGAAAUUAAUUAGUUCUGGUGUCCUUUAUUUGCCGGAAUCAAAUGAUAAAUUCAUUCAUUGUAACAUACUGAUUAAUUUAAAAAUUUCACCAUUGAUGAAAAGUCAAUAUAAUAUGGUUCUCAGAAAUGUAAUGGAAUAUGAUGUCACAUACUAUGAACGCUUUAAUUUUGAGCAGUUGCAAAAGGAUGCUGAAGAGAUAAAAAGUAAGAUACUAAAAUCAGAACCGUUAAACUUAUCAACAUAUCCAUUGAGUGUAAGAACAAUGGUUGCAGAGUGGUAUUUGAGUCAUUUAUGUUCUGAUGUAUUGAGUCCGGUAGAUAAUAAUAUUCUUGUAAAGAACUUUCAAAUAUUUUGUGUUCAUCUGAAACUUUUCCAUCAUUAUUACAAAUGGAUAGAAUUCAUCGUCUAUCAUCAGUUACUUUCAAAUAUUAUUGCAUUGGAAACACUCAUGGAUAUUUUACUUUGCUAUGAAAAGUUAUUUUCCCAAUUUAUCAACGAUCAUAUCCUCUUUACAAAGACAUUCAUAUUCACAUAUUCAAAAGUCUUAAAAGAAAAGGACCCUGAUGUCUAUAAGGUAAUUUCUUUUGCAGCAUUUUGGAAAUUUUUUAUGAAGAAUUUUUCACUGGUCUUGAAUAUUGAUAAUGAUUUGCGAACAGAGCUUUCAGUCGUCUAUGAGGAAGAGAAGACGAAACAUGAAAAUUUGCACAUGAAUAAGCAUGAAGCAUUAGAUAUAUAUCAUGCUAUCAAUAAUAUCAAUCCAGAGGAGAAAGAUGAACAUUGGAAUUUCACAGAGGCAUUUCAAACAAACAUCAAGAAUCUUUUAAACCUAACUAAUGAUAACUCUAAUGAAGAGUUGACUUUUAGAAUCAAUUUAUUGUUAUUGAUGGUUGUUAAUAACCGAGAAUAUAAUAAGUUCAUGUCAAUUUUUUUGAAAAGGAAGGACUUUAAGAACGAAAAUUUGAUACGUUUAAUAUCGUUUAAACUUCUGACCUUCGAACAGAUUCAAAACAUUCUCGGGAUCACUUUUGUCUUACCAUUUUUAGUGAAUGAAAAUAUUAAAGGUAGUUUGUAUUUUGAAUCCCAUAGACGAAAAUACAUUAAGGACAAUUACGUUAAAAUCUUGAACGCUUGUGAAAGCGACAUGGAUGCAUUUUAUGAAACCUUUUUAGCGAUCGUCGUUAAUUUUGGUACUUCUAAGAAACUAAGUGACUCAACAACAAAGCUAUUAAUAGACCUUUUCAAGAACAAUCGAUCCACUUCAACACAUAUAAUGGAAGAUCUUCUUCAUUAUGGUUUUCCUAAGGAAACACACGAACUUGAAGAUGAUAAUACUUUAGAUGAUUCUAAGCCAGUUGAAUUAUACUCAAGAUUAGAUUUCCUAAACCUUUGGAUAUUUCAGUCGUUUACUGCCUAUCAAAUACAAGAACUAUUAACAGAGUAUACUGAGCCACAUAGAUCAGAGCAAGAAUUAAAAUUAUUUUUAUUUGAUAUAAUCGAAUUAACAGGUCCGAAUGAACUAAGUGCUCAAUUGUUUGAAAAAGUUAUUCAUGUUCCAACUAUUGAAAUUAUUAUCAAGAUAUUCGAAGAGGAUUUCUUCCAGAGAUGUCUAACUGGCUCGGAUGUUAGUAGAGAGUAUUUAGCGACCAUCGUCGAAUUAGCCUCAUCCUUAUCUCAAAAGAUACAAAAAGAUGAAUCAAGAAACACACCAAUGAGUGAAACGUGUUUUAGGUCCUUCCAAAGGAUAAUGUCAUCCUUUGCCAACGAGGACUCUAAAAAACUACAUACUUCAGAACCGAUGAUCGACGUCUACUUAAAACUUUUUUCCAUCCACCAAAACUCAAUCUUUGAACACAUUCUCAAUUCAGUACAGGAUAGAAGAACAAGUGAACCCUGUCAUGCAUUUAUAGAUGACAUGUUUACUCUCUUUGAUAGAGUCACGUUUAGUUUAAGACUUAAAUUGAUGCUAUAUGAAAUAUUAUCGUCAUUGAAAUCGUAUAGUAUCUAUGCAUCCACCACGGGGAAUGAAACCGGAAACGUCAAGUUGACCAUUCCACCAAAACUUUUACAGGUUCCACCGUUCCAAGUUUCAUCGUUUAUUAAGGAGGAGGAAGACAUCGAGGAUCCUGAGGAGCUGGAUCUAGGAAUAACAACGACAGAGGAGCAUGGUGAAUAUGCUGAAAGAAACAAAUGGUUUCUGUACGACAAGAAAGAGAAACUAUAUACCAGCCCCUUCAAGAGUGAGCCAUACCACAAUAUCACAAACUACCAGCCAGACACAGCAGGCUCAUUUAACAACACCUGUCUCAACCUCAGUCUGUUCAAUGCCUCUUUUGAAAGAAAGAAUCCACGCUAA